AUGGUCAUGGCUCAAUUGAAGCUUUACCCUAAAUGCUACUGGAUCUGGAACCACCGUACAUGGUGCUUACAGGAACUAGAAUCGUUGGGAAAGGCAAACUGGACGUUUGAGUUGGGAAUUGUCCUGAAACUUUUGGAAGCAGACAGCAGAAACUUCCACGGAUGGCACUAUCGCAGAUACGUGGUGCAGCAGAUCGAAAGUAAAGCCGUAAAAGAAGCGAAAACUCCAUCUGAUAAAGCUUUAUCGACCCUUAAAAUUGAUUUGGACGAGUUCAGAUACACUACGCAGAAGAUAAAGAAGAAUAUCUCCAACUUCAGUGCAUGGCAUAAUCGCUCCAAGCUAAUCCCCAAGAUUUUCAGUCUCAUUGCGGAGGACCCAGAUCGGAAGACUUUGGAACAUGAUUACAGAGAAGAGCUUGCACUAUUUUCGUCCCCACACCAUCUUCUCCUUAAGGAGCUUGAAAUGGUGAAAAACGGGCAUGUAUAUGGAUCCUGA